CCGCCACCGCCGCCGCCGCCUCAGUCAGUCAGUCAGUCCCCAGCAAUGGCGGAAGGAGGUGAGCGAGAGGAGCUGCUCUCGCCGCCGGUCUCUCCGGCCAAGCGGCUUUGCUCGCGGCUCAGCCCGCAGGCUCACCACCCUCGCGGUUCUCCUGGGGCAGUCGGCGGCGGGGUGGGGGGAGUCGGCGGCAGCUGCCUGCCCCCCGGGGCCCGCCCCCACCUGCAGCCCGAGUCCUUGCUGGACUGCGCCGCCAAGACGGUGGCGGAAAAGUGGGCGUACGAGCGGGUGGAGGAGCGCUUCGAGAGGAUCCCAGAGCCCGUGCAGCGCCGCAUCGUCUACUGGUCCUUUCCGCGGAAUGAGCGGGAGAUCUGCAAACCUGCUCUUUAAAUGUAACCCUCUGGGCUGCCGUUCCGCCGGGGCAUCCGUCUGCUGGACAGCGGCUCCGUGGAGAACGUGCUGCAAGUCGGCUUCCAUCUCAGUGGCACUGUAACUGAGCCGGCCACUACUUCUGAACCAGCAGUGACUUACAAAGUUGCAAUAAGUUUUGAUCGAUGCAAAAUCACUUCAGUAACAUGUGGCUGUGGGAACAAGGACAUAUUCUACUGUGCUCAUGUGGUAGCACUCUCACUCUACAGGAUCCGUAAACCAGACCAAGUCAAAUUGCGUCUUCCUAUCUCAGAAACCUUAUUCCAGAUGAAUAGGGACCAACUGCAGAAGUUUAUUCAGUAUUUAAUUACCGCCCACCACACAGAAGUUCUUCCUACUGCACAGAAAUUGGCAGAUGAAAUUCUAUCCUCCAACUCAGAAAUCAACCAAGUAAAUGGUGCCCCAGAUCCCACAGCUGGGGCCAGCAUUGAUGAUGAGAACUGUUGGCAUUUGGAUGAAGAACAAGUGAAAGAACAAGUGAAGCUUUUUCUAUCUCAGGGUGGUUACUAUGGCUCUGGAAAGCAACUCAAUUCGAUGUUUGCCAAGGUUCGAGAGAUGCUGCGAAUGAGAGAUUCCAAUGGAGCCAGGAUGCUGACACUAAUAACCGAGCAGUUUAUGGCCGACCCACGACUCACGCUCUGGAGGCAGCAAGGAACAAGCAUGACAGAUAAGUGUAGGCAGCUCUGGGAUGAGCUAGGGGCUUUAUGGGUAUGCAUAAUUUUGAAUCCACACUGCAAAAUGGAAGAAAAAUCCUGUUGGCUGCAACAGCUGCAGAAGUGGAGCGACCUGGAUGUCUGUCCCCUGGAGGAUGGGAACUAUGGACAUGAACUGCCCAACAUCACCAAUGCACUUCCCCAGAAUGCCAGUCACAGCUCAGACUCCUUAUCCAGGCCAAGACGAACAGUGUUCACUAGAGCCAUCGAGGGCCGUGAAUUGCACUGGCAAGACAGUCACUUACAGCGAAUAAUCAGCAGCGAUAUAUAUACAGCUCCUGCCUGCCAGCGGGAAAGUGAGAGAUUACUCUUUAAUUCCCGAGGCCAGCCACUGUGGCUUGAGCAUGUGCCUACAGCCUGUGCUCGGGUCGAUGCCCUGCGUUCUCAUGGUUAUCCAAAAGAGGCCCUCAGACUCACUGUGGCUAUCAUCAAUACUCUAAGGUUACAGCAGCAGCGGCAGCUGGAAAUCUACAAGCACCAGAAGAAAGAACUGUUGCAGAGAGGAACCACAACCAUCACAAACCUAGAAGGCUGGGUGGGUCACCCCCUGGAUCCCAUUGGGUGUCUGUUUCUCACUUUGACUGAGGCCUGCCGACUGAACGAUGAUGGUUAUCUGGAAGUGUCAGAUAUGAAUGAAAGCAGACCUCCUGUGUAUCAGCAUGUACCUGUGGCUUCAGACUGCCCAAACAGCAAUGAGUCCUACCUGUCAUUGGCCCUGGAAGUUGCUCUGAUGGGGAUGGGUCAACAAAGGGUGAUGCCUGAAGGCCUUUAUGCACAGGACAAGGUGUGUCGUAAUGAGGAGCAACUACUGAGUCGACUCCAAGAACUUCAGCUGGAUAAUGAGCUAGUCCAGAUACUGCAGAAACAGUGUAUCUUACUCCUUGAAGGAGGCCCCUUCAGUGGUCUAGGAGAAGUCAUCCACCGAGAAAGUGUUCCCAUGCAUACCUUUGCCAAGUAUUUGUUCUCAGCACUGCUGCCUCAUGAUGCAGACCUGUCCUAUAAAUUAGCCUUACGUGCCAUGAGGUUACCUGUUCUAGAAAACUCCACCACUACAGGCGAUACAUCACACCCUCACCAUAUGGUGUCUGUGGUGCCCAGCCGUUAUCCUCGCUGGUUCACGCUUGGACACUUGGAAUCACAGCAGUGUGAACUGGCCUCCACCAUGCUGACUGCAGCCAAAGGGGAUACUCUGAGGCUCCGAACAAUCCUGGAAGUGAUACAGAAGCACAUUCAUUCUUCUUCCCUCAUCUUUAAAUUGGCUCAAGAUGCAUUCAAGAUAGCUACUCCCGCAGACAGUAGUACUGACAGCACCCUGCUCAAUGUGGCACUGGAGCUGGGGUUACAGGUGAUGAGGAUGACCUUAUCGACGCUUAACUGGAGACGCCGGGAGAUGGUGCGGUGGUUGGUGACUUGUGCUACAGAAGUGGGUGUGCGUGCCCUGGUGAGCAUCUUGCAGAGCUGGUACACCCUCUUCACCCCUACCGAGGCCACUAGCAUUGUGGCUGCCACCGCCGUGUCCCACACCACUAUCCUGCGCCUCAGUCUUGACUAUCCACAGAGAGAGGAGCUGGCUAGCUGUGCUCGCACCCUGGCUCUGCAGUGUGCUAUGAAGGAUCCACAGAGCUGUGCCCUGUCAGCCCUGACACUUUGUGAAAAAGACCACAUUGCCUUUGAGGCAGCCUACCAGAUUGCCAUUGAUGCUGCCGCCGGAGGCAUGACCCAUUCACAGCUGUUCACCAUCGCCCGCUACAUGGAGCUCCGUGGCUACCCGCUACGUGCCUUCAAGCUGGCCUCACUGGCCAUGAGCCAUCUCAACCUGGCCUACAAUCAGGACACCCACCCAGCCAUCAAUGAUGUGCUCUGGGCCUGUGCCCUCAGCCAUUCUCUGGGCAAGAAUGAGCUGGCAGCCCUCAUCCCCUUGGUGGUGAAGAGUGUGCACUGUGCCACAGUGCUUUCAGACAUCCUUCGGCGCUGCACUGUGACUGCACCUGGCCUGGCUGGCAUCCCAGGCCGUCGUAGCUCUGGAAAGCUCAUGUCCACUGACAAAGCUCCACUGCGCCAGCUGUUGGAUGCCACCAUCAAUGCCUACAUCAAUACUACACACUCCCGCCUGACACACAUCAGCCCUCGCCACUAUGGAGAGUUCAUUGAGUUUCUGAGCAAGGCUCGGGAGACCUUCCUGCUGCCUCAGGAUGGCCACCUGCAGUUUGCUCAAUUCAUUGACAACCUCAAACAAAUCUACAAAGGCAAGAAAAAGCUGAUGUUGCUGGUGCGAGAGCGCUUUGGCUGAGAAAGCAGACAGCUCACUGCUGGGGCAGCCAGGGCUCCCCGAUACCAUCAGGUCAGGCCGAGGACAUUGAAAUAUGUGUCCACCCUGAGAGUACUCUGAGCACCUGUGGCCAAAGCCGAAGGACACAGGGCUAAACAAGGGGAGAGUCCACUUCUAGCCAGUAUGCCUGCCUUGGCCAGGUUCUUAUCACAGCCUACUGUUCCUGGAGCUGGGCCCUGCAGAUUGAUCAGAAACCCACAACAUGCCACCUCACGCCCCUAUAUCCUGCGUGUCCUGGGCAUUGGCCCUCUCGCCCUUGGCAAACACAGAACACUGUUCUUUCUCAGGGAUUGCUUAACCAGAGAAACAAACAUUUAUAAUGCUGUAAAUAGUAUAGUAGAUGUGUUGCCAAUAACAUUGUAAAGUUGUAACUAUUUAUAAUUCUGGUUCUAAUUUGAUGGGUACUUGAAGUAGCUGUGGGUGGGAAGAUAAGCUUGUUUUCUGAGGGGACUCACAACCAUUUCUCAGGUUUCCCUUGCAGAGUAUAUGCUGUUGGCAGUGGAGGAAUGGGGAUAACAGGGAGAAAAAUGGCCAGUUAGCAUAAAUCACAAGUGUGGUCUAUGCAGAAAGCCCAGCCUACAAAUGGGCAUCUGUAGCCCCAUGGUGGGUGAGGUGGCACUGGACUUAGACUUUUGCUUCAUGAAGCUAUGAGGACACAAGUUCUUGCUUCUGCCUCAUAGCCUCUCUAGGAGGCUGCUGAGUUCCUAAGAAACAAGUGUAAGGAGAAAGUGAAAGUCUGGGAGGUUACAGAGUUCAUAUUCAUAUACACUGGCCACUUUUGGGUUAACUUUUGGGUUAGAGUGUCUGGUUUUGUUUCAUUGUAUUUGUGUGUGUGUACAUGAACCUGUAUGGCUUAGUAUGUGUCUGUGUACACAGAUUUAUCUGUACAUGCCUGUCUGUGCACAAAUGCAUGUGUCUGCCAGGUAUGUCUAUGUGAAUAUGUCGCUGUUUCCAUGUGAGGGAAUACAUAUCUGGGAACACAA